AUGAAGUUCAAUUACAUUGUCGUAUUUUCGACCCUUCUCAUUGCCAGUACGUUGGCAGUUCCAACUCCAAUUAGAGAAGAUGUCACUGCGAAAAAGGUGAGAUUGGGUUCUUCCGAUCUUAUAGAGCGUAAAGAAGAAGCGAGUAUUCAAGGUGUCGAUGCGAAAAAAAAGUUGAGAAUGGGUUCUUCCGAUCUUAAAGAAACGAAAAGGGAUUCGUCUAUAGAUCGUAAAGAAGAAGCGAGUAUUCAAGGUGUCGAUGCGAAAAAAAGGUUGAGAUUGGGUUCUUCUGAUCUUAAAGAAGCGAAAAGGGAUUCGUCUAUAGAUCGUAAAGAAGAAGCGAAAAUUCAAGGUGUUGAUGCGAAAAAGUUGAGAUUUGGUUCUUCCAGUGAAGAAACGAAAAGGGAUUCGUCUGUAUAUCGUAAAGAAGAAGCGAGUAUUCAAGGUGUCGAUGCGAAAAAAAAGUUGAGAAUGGGUUCUUCCGAUCUUAAAGAAACGAAAAGGGAUUCGUCUAUAGAUCGUAAAGAAGAAGCAAGUAUUCAAGGUGUCGAUGCGAAAAAAAAGUUGAGAUUGGGUUCUUCUGAUCUUAAAGAAACAAAAAGGGAUUCGUCUACAGAUCGUAAAGAAGAAGUGAGAGUUGGUAGAAAGGGGUUUUAA